AUGGGUCCGCUCACGCUCUUUCGAAACAUCUACGACCUCGACACGCUCGACACGCGCUUCACCAGCUCUUCCCAGGUGCCUUACCAGACCGUCAUCGACGCCCGAAGCGAUCCUGCCACGAGCCGUCUGAAACCCGCAAAAGCACCGCCGUCCAAAUGGAGGAGCCUUGAGUUCUUCUUCUACUAUGCCGUUAUCCUGAUCGCCGUGCUUUGCAUGUUCUGGGUGCCGUACCAGGUGUCCCGACCUGAGGAUCCGCGCUAUGGCAAGUACGCGCACUACCUAUGGCCGGGCUGGGUCCCGGGACGGAGGAUCGACAUUUCAGACUCCCAGUACUACACGUUUCGCGGCAAUCUGCCGGCCAUGACCGCACUGCUCAUAUUCCAUCCGCUGCUACGCAAAGGCUGGAACGCUGUGUUCCCGGCCAGCGACAAGAAGGAGAAGAGCGGCGGCCGGUUGGAGCAACGAGCGUCCUUUGACUUCGCAUUCGCCAUCCUGUUCCUGUUCAUCUUGCACGGCGUCUCUGCAUUCAAGAUCAUCGUGAUUCUCAACAUCAACUACCGGCUGGCCACCCAGUUGCCGCGCCGUUACAUCCCGUUCGGGACUUGGGCGUUCAAUGUCCCAUUGCUGUUUGCCAACGACAUUUGCAACGGAUACCGCUUCCGAGACAUUGCCUACUACGUCGCGCCGCCGCUGCAAGAGUGGGGUGGCUGGCUAGACAGCUACGGCGGUAUCAUGAGUCGCUGGGACAUCCUCUUCAACAUUACCAUCCUGCGGCUCAUCAGCUUCAACAUGGACUACUACUGGAGCCUUGGCAAGAGUCACGCCAGCUCCAUCGAGAAGAAGCAGCUCAAUCCGGCUGAGCUCUCGGAACGUGACCGCGUUUCCAUCUCGGCCAACGCGCACGACUAUACGUGGAGGAACUUUGUUGCGUAUGCCAUCUAUGCCCCGCUCUACCUCGUGGGGCCGAUCCUCACCUUCAACGACUACAUUUCGCAGUCGAAGCACAAGGUGGCCAGCAUUGAACGUCCGCGCACCAUCCGUUAUGCGAUUCGCUUCAUCCUCGUUCUUCUCACCAUGGAGCUGCUACUCCACUUCAACUACGUGAAUGCGAUUAGCAAAAACAACCCAGAUUGGGGCUCCUACACAGCGGCACAACUCAGCCUACUGUCGUUUAUGAACCUGCACAUUAUCUGGCUCAAGUUGCUGCUCCCAUGGCGGCUGUUCAGGCUGUGGUCCUUGGUCGACGGCAUCGACCCGCCCGAGAACAUGGUUCGUUGCGUGAGCAACAACUAUAGUACCCAACUCUUCUGGCGGUCGUGGCAUCGCUCGUACAACCGCUGGAUUGUCCGGUACAUCUAUGUGCCUCUGGGUGGAUCGUCCUUCCGGACGUGGCAGUCGACCUUGCGCUCCAUUUUUACGUAUCUGCUCUCGUUUACAUUUGUCGCGCUGUGGCACGAUAUCCAGAUGAGGCUUCUCAUCUGGGGCUGGUUGAUUGUGCUAUUCAUGGUCCCGGAAUGGGUUGCUGCGUGGCUCUUCCCAAAGCACAAAUGGGAAAGCCGCCCAACAGAGUACCGGAUGCUCUGCUGCGUAGGAGCCGUGGGCAACGUUCUCAUGAUGAUUUCGGCGAAUCUCGUGGGGUUUGCGCUAGGCCUGGAUGGCCUGGAGGUCAUUGUGAAGAGUAUUCUGCACACUUGGUCAGGUGUCAUGUUCAUAAUGAUUUCUUGCGGGUGCCUCUUCACAGGCAUUCAAGUCAUGUUCGAGGUCCGGGAAACGGAAAAGCGAAAAGGCGUGGCUCUCAAAUGUUGA